AUGGACACUCAUCAAAAUGUUAACGCUUCAAGAGCAGAGAGAGGAGAUCGUAUUGAAGAUCUUCACUUAGACAGAAUUGUAGCAUCACAUCCAGAAAUCGGGCCUACACCUCCAGAUGGAGGAUAUGGAUGGUUGAUUGUCUUUUCUGCAGCACUUUAUCACAUAACUGUACCUACUGUUUUGAGUUUAUACGGCCUUAUUAUUUUGAAGGCAAUAAGGGAAGAAGAUCACGAUGAAGGAGAAGUAAUGAAGAUAUGGGACGUGGACAUAGCUUUGGUGCCUGUGAUAAUGGUGAUAAUAAGACUUCUGUUAGAAUCUUGGUGCAGAGCCAUGGUCAAAAUUUUUAAUAUGCCAAGAUUUAUUGCUCUCUCUGGACUUUGUUUAACAGUAGCUGGUGUAUUACUUUCCAGUUACUCGACAAGUGCUUACAGUAAUGACCACAUUGUAAACAUUUUCUCUGGAAUCUUCGCAGGUAUCGGUUGUGCCCUAACCGGCCAACAGACAGAAGUGAUCGUGACACACUACUUUCGCGAGAAGCUGACGACCGCACAGCGUAUCGUGCGCAUGGCCCCCUCCGUGGGCAACUGCCUUGUGCCCAUUUUGGUGGGCUACCUGUGCACAAUGUACACCGGCGACGUCGUCGUCAUGAUAUACGGAGCUAUCAUCAUGCAGAACUGCCUUUUCUUGGCUGCCUACACACGACCCAUAUACAUAGAGAAAGUUAUAAAGACCACUUACAACAUGCUGCGUGAUGCGGUGGAAGAUGAAGACGAGGUUAUUUUCUCAAAUCAGCGACAGAGCGACCCCCAAAGCACACCGAGUAAUCCUCCUGCGGCUGAAGGGAAUACAAACCAAGCUCAAGAUGAAGACAACACAGAUGUUGUUGUCUUCAAAUCACGGAAAAACGCAAAGGAAAUACUUGACCCGUCUGUGGAGCUUCGAGAGAAUGGUAUAAAUGGCACACGCGAGGGAAGGUUUUCAUCUGAUUUCAGCACUAUGUUGGCAGAUAGGCCAUCAACUACGAACCGAUUUUCAUCAGACUUCGGGUCGCUUGAUGUCACUAGCUACAGUCGAAUCAGCGGAUAUCAGGAGCUGACGAGCAUAGAGAGGGAAGCCCAGCCACAACCACUGUAUCGUGAGACAACGGUUGACGCGCCCCAAAAUAGUCUAGUCUUCUCUCCAGAAGUGACACCCGGAACUGCUAGAAGGACCGCGUCUUUGAAGAAGAACUUCAUUACUAUUGUAAACAUGCUGCAAGAUUUAAAUUUUUACUUAUAUACCUUGCUGCAUCUUUGCACAACUUUUUCAAUACUCGUGCUUGGAAUAGUUUUCCCGCCUUUAGUUUGGGAGCAGAAUCCAUCGAUGAACAUAUGGGCGGUGGCAACGCUGACGGGCGCGGCGCACGGCGCGGCGCUGUGCUUCAUCAUGCUGUGCGUGGUCCUCCCCAGAUCCAUCAACCAGAAGGCCAGGCUGUGCGCCGCCUUCUGCGCUUGCGGUGCCGUCGGCUUUUAUGGCAUAGGCAUGACGGGCAACAAGAGCUUCCUCGCGGUGUGGGGCAUGUUGGGCAGCUUCGCUUGCGCCGCGUCGAGCGUGCUGCAGCAGCCGCUGUGCAGCAGCUCGCUGAAGGAGUUCGACCGGACGGCCACGAGCAGCGCGGCCGACGCGGCGGUCGCGAUGGCCCUCAUGCUCUGGGCGCUCCUCUGCAGCUACGAGUACCGGACCUGCUUCUUCACGGCCAGCAUCCUGCAGGCGGCCACGGCUUGCGCCUUCCUCGCCGCCUCUUUUAGACGGCGACGG